AUGGCUCGCCGAAGCUAUGGUGGAAGAUCCCGUCCAGCUCCUCGGCCUGCACCAGCACAUAAUCCCCCUGCACCAGCACACCAAGCUCCACCUCCGGCUCCGACUCCUGUUCAAGGUGGCAGUGGUGGAUCCAUGCUUGGAGGCAUUGGCUCAACCAUAGCUCAAGGCAUGGCUUUUGGUAUUGGAAGUGCAAUUGCACAUAGGGCUGUGCAUGCUAUGCUAGGUCCUUAUGCCAUUCAGCAUGAAACUGUUGCCUCUGGAGGGUUUUAUGCUACUAAGAAUGAAAUCUGUUCUUUUGUUAUGUUUUGA